CUUGUUUGAACACCUUAUCUCUACCUUUGACCCCCACAAACGCUUAAAUAGGAGCGACAAGACCAUCAAAGGUCACUUCGAUAAUGGACACACAAAAGAUACAAUUGUUGAGAUCGUAUUCGAGGAUUACGAUCAUCUCAACUACGUCUUACAAUGACGGUUACUCUUCCGCUUCCGGUUUGGAGAAAUUCCUCCCAAGGACUUCGACUCCCGAUCCUGAAAAAUAUUUUCUUGUGGAUAACAAGGACUGUUUCGACUCGUACGAAAUUUUCAGACAUGUCCUUGAAAAUCCUCCGAAAAAAGUGAGAGUGCGAGGGAUGAAAAAAAUCCCGUUUGACUUCAUAUCCGGGCAUUUGGUGGAUUUUAACAUUACCCGGAAUUCGAGAAAAAUGGCAACGUUUCACAAAAAACUGAAAAUUUUUUUCAAGAAGUGUUACAAAAUUUUAAUUCGGCAAAAAUGUGACUAUUCGUGCCCCAUGACUUGUGAGUGCCAAAAAAUCAAAAGUUUUCUCAACAAAACUCAGUAUCUUGACGAUGAUUCACUCCAGAAUGAACUAUAAAAAUUAAUUUCGUUUUAAUUAUUGUGUUUGUGGAAAAAUUUCAUAUCUAUGAUCUUAAUGUGUGCCGAAAUUUACAUAAAACGUGUAAUUUGACUUAAAUAAAUUCGAUUUAUCUUUAUAUCUUCAUCCGUAUUUGCACAUGGUUUAAUUUAAUUAUGUUGAAAAAAAAUAUGAGAUUUUAUCAGUUAUAAACAUAACAUUGCCAUGAAAUGUCUAAUUUUAUUGUAAAUAAUGAGCAUUGUUUGAAAAAAAUGAAGACGUCAUUGACGGCGCCGAUAUCGGGGCUUAU